GCUAGGUCCUCGUCUUGGGGUGCAGCAUACUGGCUAUCCUGAGCCUUCCCUAGGAAGGCAGAAUUGAUGAGAAGAACAUUUGUGACAUAAAGAGGAAGAAAAUUGAUAUGAGCUGAGCCUGUCAGAUCCACGCUAACCAUUGUUUUGAUGGCACAAAAUUCCAUGGCAAAGGAAAAGUCAGCCUUGCUGGUCUGUGAGCUCCUGCAUGGGUGCCAGCAUCUAUAUAGGUUCCAGCCAGACUGGUGUCAGAGCUACACAGCAGGAAGAAUUGAUCAAUUGGUCCACUGAAGUUUGUGAAUGCACAGGAUUGAAAAUUCCCAGAGGAAAAAAAGAGAAGGACAGGGGCUUAACAGAGCCCAAGACCAUAUGGAUGGCAUACUCGGAGGCCUGCAGACCCUGGGCAAGCACAGGACAUUGAGAGAGCCCUCAAAGUCUCCAGAGGAUGCUCCCCAGCCUCGAUCAAACGGAGGGGCCUGGACCCAGCACCCAGGUGUGAGGGAGAUGUCCUCUGGCUCGGAAUACUUCUCCUGUGUUUCUUCGCCAUCCAAGCUCGCCAAACUCUCCUGUGGAAUCCACGGAGUACAAGGAGAUGGGCCCAAGGAUAAACCAUCCAUUGUCCAGGUUAAAGAACAAGAAGAAAAGCCUCCUGCCUCCAAGCUUGUCUCCUUUUCUUCCUGUUCAUCUUGUAAGACCUGUAUAAACUCUGUGUGUAUAAACAAAGAAGAAACAACCAUGAAAAUAUACUACACAGAGGUAAAAAUGAAAAAAGGUGUGGCUGUCUCUCGGGAGACAGAGGAGACCUCAGAGUCUCCAGCAAAGCAGCCAAGAAUGGAGGAAGUGGGGCUUCCUGAGGGUCUCCAGGUAGGCACUCCUCCGUCUGCCAUGUCCACCAGGAACCUCCUGUCUGACAGUGAGCUCAACAGGAAGGAGAACAAACAGGAAACAAAGGCCAAGCCAGACGACCAGCCAGGGUCCCCUGCAGUUGAGGAGAUACCCGGGACAGAGAUGCCCAGGGUCAAGACGCCUGACUGGCUGGGCUCCGUGGAGAGCGGUUUCAGGUGCCUGGCCUGCUGCCGGGUCUUUGCCACCAUCGACGUCCUCCAGGAGCACGUGCAGUAUGGGAUCAGGGAGGGCUUCAGCUGCCACGUGUUCCACCGCACCAUGACUCAGCUGAGAGGAAGCGCAGAAGCAGAGAGCGCCCCAGCGAAGGCACAGGAGGAGGCACAGGAAGCAGAGCAGAAGCAGGAGCAAGCCAAAAAGGAGUGUGAGGAGGAGCAGCCCACAGGGAAAGACCUUGCCUGGAGGAAACCCUGGAGCCGAUGUCCAGGCUAUCUGUUUCACUCUCCAGAGGGAGGAAGCGAGCUGGGAAUUGAUCUGCUGAGGGAGCUGCUCUUCAGCUGAGCCAGCACUGCCCCUCCAGUCAGGCCUGGCCUCUGUGAGGGAGCGUCCGGGGCCUUACCAAUUCAGAGAAGUGGAAGGGGGGAUAACUGGGCCCCUUGCUUCUUGCUAGGCAUCUUACAUGACUGUAACUCAGGAUUUUUCCUGAACUUUCCAACUCCCACAGGAAAGUGAGAGAAUUUCUAAGGGCUAGCAGAGCUCUCUUUCUCCUUAACUAAGAAGUAUCUUUCUCAAUUUUGAUUUUCAUGCAGCAACUGAUAUUCAAAGCCCAGAAGAUUCUGGAAGAUAGUGUGGCCUUCUCUUGGGACAGGGAAAAGGACUGACCAUGGAGAUAGCAACAGACAAAGCCAGUAGUAUAGAAAAUGAUGGGGAACAGGCCUCAGCCUAACAUGUAAAUAUCAUAUGCAAUAAAGAUUGUCU